GUUAGCUCGUUUCUGUCAGUUGACCCGCUUCACACGGACUGUCGUCCAACACUGAACUUCAGCUCGGCAUGGAGGUCGGAGAGGAAAACGAUGCCAACCUCAACUUGAAGAGGCCGAGGGCGCCUCCGUCUGAUUGUGAAGACGACGCCCUCUCCCCGUCAGAAGGGAACAAUGGCCAGAAGCGGCGCCGUCUGGAAGCCGCCGGUCGGGAGAACCGCAGUCCGAAACCGUCGUCGUCUGGACGCCUGGCUGAGCUCGACGCGAAGCCGGACACGCCGAUGGUUCCCUCGGUCCGGUCCAGAGUCCAGCAGCUCACCCAGAGGCGAGAGGGGGGAGCCCCUCUGGCCCAGCGGUGCCUCUCGGAUCCUGGGACCAACAGCCAAUCACUCAUGCUCCAUCAAAAGGGCCUGAGAGGGCAGAUCCUGGGUCGGGGAGAAUUCCAUCAGCGCAUGGAGCGCUUUAAAGUGCCCGUCUUCUCUGCUGGUCCCGCCCCGAGCCCCGCCAGCGCCUCCCCGAGGACCCGCUCCGACGCCGUGUCGGCCAUUCAGCAGAAACUCCACGGCACCCCGGCUCCGAGCGCCAAGCUGGCGUCUCGCAUCCGUCAGGAACGGGAAGAGGAGUUGAGCCACUUGCCCUUCCAGCCAAUCAGUGAGAACGCCUGGCUGAAGAGGAGCAGCUCCGAUUCCGCCUUAUCUCUGGGAUGGAGCCACUGUGGCCCCUCGGCUGCCUCCGCCUCGGUCCCUAGACCCAGAGGCAGAGUCCCCUGGCCCCCCGUGCAGCUCUGGGACCAGAUCGACGGUGACGCGGAGAUGAAAGACGGCAGCUUCACUGAUGCUGCGUCUCCAUCGUGUGCAGAGAGUCGGUCUUCAGAUGGGACCGGUCAAAGGGCUCCCAGUGACCCUGAAGCUCUCGUAGAGUUGAACGCUGGAAGGAAGGAGCAAAGUCCUCACCGAGGUGAUGAAGUCAGGAAGGAGGAAGGGAAUGAGGAAAGGCAGCCAGGGACCCAGCGACCACAGGCCGUCUUGAAGUUGUCGUUCAGUGAGGAUCAGAGUUUUUCCAAAGCACCUUUCAGUGACGACCAGAACAUGUCGGAGCUGACUACAGGUGACGAGCAGAGCCUGCUCGAAUCCACUCUGGAAGGGGAGGCCGCUGAGGUCUCCACAGUAACCGGAGAGGAGAGAGAGGGUUCCUCAUACAGCGAGGGGGGGGGCGAACCUUCAACAGAUGAGGAGUUGCGGGCGUGGAGAUAUCCUCGAGGCGAGGAAGACUCUAUCGUAGCUGGAGAGCAGGAGGACGAAGACGAGUGUAUUAAACGGGAGGAAGGAGAGGGGGACUCCUCCAGAGGCCGUGUGGUCGGCCACAGUCAACCCGCUGGCGUCCAGGAUGAGGACGUCUUUGAGACGGCUUCUGAAACACAAGAGGACCGGCCUAGAGAGCCCCGUGGAGGACUUCCUCCGGGAGCAGGAGCUGCUGGUGAGUUCACCAUGACGCCAAACCAGGAGGACCAGAGGCGUAGCCGGGAGGAGGACGAGUGUCACCCCUCUGAUGAGGUCCAGAGCGGAGGUGAAGAAGAAGAGGACAUGGAAGUCCAGUCAGACGGAAGUGGCCGUGAGAAACAAGCGGAGGCAUCUGAUGGAGCGCCGAGUUCCAGGGAGGUGUCGGACCACCUUCUGGAGGCCGAGCCAGAUGCAGUAGACGAGAGCAGGGCGGGUGGAGACGAGAGCAGGGCGGGUGGAGACGAGAGCAGGGCGGGUGGAGACGAGAGCAGGGCGGGUGGAGACGAGAGCAGGGCGGGUGGAGACGGGCCGAGGGAAGGAGCUCGCGGGGCGGAGGGAGGAGAGCGCUCGAAGAGAGUCUCCUUCGUCCUGCAGCCCGAGCUCAUGGAGGACUCCGCCCGGGCCGAGGCCGACGCCUCCAUGGAGGCCAAGACCAGCGUGUCAGACGGCGAGCUGAGCUCUCACGACGAGACCGACACGGCGGAGAUCAUCGACCAGAUGUUCGAUGAGGUUCUGGAAUGCGCCGGACGGAUGGAGGAGGAGGAGGAGGAGAGGGGGGGCGACGCCGAGGACAGCGACAUCGGCGUCUGUCCCGGGGACAAAGACAACAAGAUGGACACCGAGAAGAGCGAAGAAGAGGCGGGGUCCAAAGAAGAAGAGCGCGGCGCCAGCGAGAAGCCGCGAGGCGAUGGAGACGAGCUGGGCUCCCCCCCCAGCAGGUCCGUGGAGGCCGGGGUCACCCCGAUGCGACUGGCGGCGAGCCGGGAGUCCCACCCCCCCUCCCUGCUCCUGACUCCGGAGGAGAGCACCUCUCGGCCUGCAGAGUCUGCUCCUCUAUACAGCGUGGAUGCGUAUCGCACUCAGAGGCAGACUCACCCGCCCUCCAUCCAGAGCGUCACCCCCGGGGUCCAGAGACGAGCGCCAGAGAGGCUCCGCCCCCCCGUCGACCCCAAGGAGACCAUCGCGGCCCUGGGUGAAGAGGCGGUGAAGCUGCAGACGGUGAUCAGCCAGACGCUGCAGGCUCUGAGCUGCUGCACCGACAAGGAUCACGGGAGGGGCUCUCUGGAGGAGGCGGAGGCCGAGAAGCUGCUGCUGGUCUCCUGUGAGAAGCGCUCGGCCCUGCUGGCGGAGGUGGCCAGGCUGCAAGAGCGGCGCGGCGCCGAGCCGGCGGAGGAGGACGACGCGGCCCAGCAGCCCUGCAGAGGCACCGUCCGCAUCACCGGGAUCCAGCUGCCGCUCAAGGUGGAGUUUGUCUGCUCCUCCCACAAGCGCUCAGGUCGGCCCAGUCACUACUUCUUCGUGCUGAUCCGCUACGGGCCGUGCACCAUCGUGGCCACGCCGCUGGCCACGGCCGCCGACGCUCAGACCGGAGACACCAUCUCCUUCCCGACCUCCGUCACCCUGAAAGACGUCCGCUCGUCCUUUGAGAUCGACUUGGAGGUCUACAGCCUGUCCCACGCCUCGGGGAGUACCUGCAGCGUGGACCGGACCACCACCAAGUCCCGGGUCACGCCCAGGAAGCUCCUGAGCAGCAUGACGAGAUCCAACCACAGUCUGACAUCCGGUGCUCCCCCUGCUCUCAACACUCGUCGCUCCAGUAACUUCUUCCUGGUCGGAUCCCACAAGAUCACCUUGGACUCUCUGGGACUCAGCCGGUUCCCCCUGGAUAAGGUGCCCUUCCUCUCUCCUCUGGAGGGAAACAUCUACCUGAGCCUGGCCAGCGAGCGUCACUCUGACGUCCAGCACCACGGCUUCCUGACGAUGUUUGAGCUGAUCGGUGGUUUCGGGGUUUGGCAUCGCCGCUACUUCGCCCUGGAGGGCUGCACCAUGUUCCACUGGAACCACCCCAACGACCGAGAGACCAAGGAGGCCGAGGGCAGCCUCUCUCUGUCCAGCGCCCACAGCCGCUGCGUCCGGCCCGUGAAGAGAGACUCGUGUGCUCGACCUUUCACCUUCGAGCUGGUUAGCAGCGCCCCGCAGGACGCCGCUGCCAAGUGCUGGUUUUCCGCCGACACCAAACAGGAGAGACUGGACUGGAUGGAGAGGCUGAACCAGGCGCUGCUGGACUUCAACACCUGGAACCAACCGGAGGCUCUUCAGUCCAGCUCCACCAGCAGCCUGAGGGAGAGCAUCCUGUGAGUGGUCACAUGACCCUCAGUCACAUGACCCGCAGUCACAUAACCCUCAGGCAGGUAGACGAGGAGCCGCCAUCAGGGCUCAGAGAGCUCUUCUUCUUUAUCGCCUCCCUUUUCAUUUUUUGGGGGGGAGAUAUCUAUUCAAUGUUCAUCUUAUUGUUUAUUUCUUUUCUUUAAAAUCUGAAUCCAGUCCAGACGGUUUUCGUUUUACUUUUAUUUGUCGUUUGGAUACGUGUUAGUUUCUCUUAAUAAUUUUGCGAGGAAAAAAAUCAUUUAUUUUGACUGUUUAGAAGCUAAGAUGAAACUUAUUGUGUAUAUAUAUAUGUGUGUAUAUAUAUAUACUUUUGAGAUGAUUUACACGUGUUGUUUUGUAUCAUCUAAACUGGAAGGAUGAACACAUUUAGAGAGAUGCACUAAUACCAUAUAUAAUAAAUACUGAAGGAGGAAAUCUACUAAUGAAUGUAGGAUGAGGAAACUCCACCAGCUCUGAACCUGAUAAUAAACUACACAAUACAGAGGACACAACUACACCCUUAUUACACAAUACAGAGGACACAACUACACCCUUAUUACACAAUACAGAGGACACUACACCCUUAUCACACAAUACAGAGGACACAACUACACCCUUAUUACACAAUACAGAGGACACAACUACACCCUUAUUACACAAUACAGAGGACACAACUACACCCUUAUUAAACAAUACAGAGGACACAACUACACCCUCAUUACACAAUACAGAGGACACAACUACACCCUUAUUACACAAUACAGA